AUGGCAUCGGCGUCUGUACAGAUUAACCUGCCUCUGCCAGUCCUGCCUGCGGGUUGGACCGCGGAGAAAGACUUCAAGCCUAUCGGGCACCUCAGCCAUGCGACUGACCGCAACAUCGAGCCUGUCGGCCCCCAUUUCCUCGCCCACGCGCGCAGGAAGCGACACAAGCGCACCUUCUCCGAGGACGACCGCAUCCAGGCUCAGGCGAACGUGAAGAAGAUCGAGGAUGAUGAUGAGGGCGAGAUCAGCGAACCUGAGGACCCACUGAUGCUGCAGCGCGAGGCUAAGGACUGGAAGGGCCAGGACCACUACGCUGUUCUUGGGAUCACGAGGUACCGAUGGCGCGCCACCGAAGAUCAGAUCAAGCGUGCCCACCGCAAGAAGGUCCUCAAGCACCACCCCGACAAGAAGGCCGCCAAGGGUGGGACCGAGGACGAUCAAUUCUUCAAGUGUAUUCAGAAGGCUACUGAAGUUCUUCUCGACCCCGUCAAGAGGAAACAGUUUGACUCUGUUGACGAGGCGGCGGACGUUGAGCCACCCACGAAGUCGGAGACGAAAAAGGGUAAUUUCUACAAGCUCUGGGGCAAGGUCUUUGAUGCAGAAGGCCGUUUCUCGAACAAGCAGCCUGUGCCGAAGCUUGGUAACGAGAAGAGCAACAAAGAGGAUGUUGAGAACUUCUACAACUUCUGGUACAACUUCGACAGUUGGCGAACCUUUGAGUACCUCGACGAGGACGUUCCUGAUGACAACGAGAACCGAGAUCAGAAGCGCCACGUUGAGCGCAAGAACCAGAACGCUAGGCGCAAGAAGAAGACUGAGGACACUGCGCGCUUGAGGAAGCUUGUUGACGACUGUUUGGCCCUCGACGAGCGCAUUAAGCUCUUCCGCCAGCAGGAGAACGCUCACAAGAACAAGCGUCGUCUUGAAAAGGAGGCGGAGCAGAAGCGCAUCGCUGAGGAUGCUGCCAAGGCCAAAGAAGAGGAGGCUAAACUCCAGGCUGAGAAGGAGGCCGCUGAGAAGGCACAGAAGGCUGAGGGCAAGAAGGCUAAGGAGGCUGCCAAGAACGCGGCGAAGAAGAACAAGCGUGUCAUUCGCGGCGCUGUCAAGGAUGCCAACUACUUCCAUGGAGCUGGAGAUGCCCCGGCCUCACAGAUCGACAGCGCGCUCAACGAUGUUGAUGCCCUCAUUACCAAGCUUGACAACGAAGAGAUUGCCGCGCUGACGGCCAAACUGAACGGGGCGAAGGGUGCCGAUGCGAUCAAGCAAGUCUACCAGGACGAGGUCAAGCAGUUGAUAGGCGCUGGCAAGUUGAAGGAGGGAGAGCUCAAGUCUCUAUCGUAG